AUGGCCCAGCCAGUCCUCGUAAGGACGUACUCGAACAAGAGGGGCCGCCCGGAGCGCGCAUCUAACGAUAUCACUGGCAGCGAUGCCCACGCCCUGCCGCCAGUGGCCUCAUACGCUUUUGCCGACAUCCUUCGCGCCGCGGACAGCUCAGAGCUCCAGAAUGCCAUCGAUGGGAUUGCAGAGAUCUGCGCGAAGAACAGGAUGAGCUUGGCAGAUGAAUAUUCCUCGCACCUGCCACCUCUUGGGGAAAUCACCGAGUCAACUUCUUCCCGAAUCAGGCCUCACUUGCAUGUCCCUGGGCGCGGUAUGCGCAGAGCCCUCACAAGUGUGCCAGAAGCCAGUUCAGGAAGCAGUGAGGGAAGUCGAAAGAGCAAGACACGCGGCAGCAUCUUCAGCUUCCGCAAGCAGCAGGUUCAAAAGAGCAAGCCUAUGCGACGGAUGUGUCUAGGCAUGAACAGAACAAUACCUGUUGGCACGACUACUGCAUUGGCUGCCGAAGCUCUUUCUUUACCGGACCAUACCAGGCACUCGUCCGAGAGCACCAUAGUCCCUGUUGGACGAGGCGGCUCAGCUUCCAUACCACCAGCUCCGAGCGCAGCAGCGUCUAGCCUUCAACGUCUUCUUUCCGCAGAUCGAGCUUCCCACGGCGGUUGA